AUGAAUUCCACCACAACAGGAGCUUCCAGCAACUCCACAACUGCUUUCAUCUCGCUCUGUGUGCAAAUUCCUUUACUCAGCAUUAACAUCUUGCUUGGUUUUCCAACACACUCAUAUGUAUUAUGGCUCAUCAUCACAGGAAAUGGAUUUGCAACAGAAUUCUUCAACCUCAAUCACUCUUUUUGUGAGAUUGGUAUCUGUGUGGAUUUUUUAAUCUUUUUACUGUCAAGUUAUAUUUCAAGCCUCUUACCAUUAGCACUGUUUUUCCAAGGACUUUCCAUCACUGGCCGUCCAUUGUUUCAGUGUCUGAUCUGUGUUGAGCGUUACCUGGCAGUGGUUCAUCCUGUAACCUUUCUGAAGUACAAACCUCUCAGAUAUAGAGUGAUCUGCUGCACUGCUGCCUGGUUAUUCACUCUUAGCUCCUGUUUGGCCUGCCUGAUCAUAAUAUUGUUAUCUAGCAUUGUUGUGCAUGCAUGGUUCUUCUCGAUACAGUUUCUGCUCUAUCUCCCCAUUCAGUUCUUUUGUCUUGUGGCUGUUCUCAGAGCUUUGAAGCAGUCAGGACCAGGAGAGAGAAAGAGAGAAAAAGAGGACGAAAACCAAAUGAAGAGAAGAGCGUUUAAUGUAAUUCUAAUAACUACUGUGUCUAUGGCUAUCACAUACAUGCCAGCCACUAUCUCUGGAAUCUAUACCUUUCUGACACAGCAGUAUAAUGUAAUAUUUUGGAUUCCCUCUAUGCUUUCUUAUGUACUAGCUGGUUUUGUUCAGCCUGUUCUCUAUCUGCACCGGGCUGGAAAACUCUCCUGCCUCUGUUCAUAAAACAUUUAGCAAAUUUAACUACACCUAGUUUUAUUUUUUGAUAAGAUUUAUUAAU